GCGGUCUAGGUAUUUCUUUAAUGUUAGGUGCACGAGUUUUGGUAAAUCUCUAGGUGUGGCAGUGGCACACACGCUUUAGACACAGUACUUAAAACAAGCAGUAUACAAGACUGGGAUUAACUAGUAGGCUUCAUUGAUUAUAAUUUUCGAAAUCAUGUCAAAAGGACUAUACACUUUUAUUGGACUAACAACAGUUGGGGCUGUCGGUUCUGCUGUGUUGGCUCCGCUGGCGCUCGCCGCAGUCGGUUUCUCCUCAGCUGGUAUAGCCGCUGGUUCACUGGGGGCCAGUAUGAUGUCAUCAGCGGCCAUCGCUAAUGGAGGUGGUGUUGCUGCUGGAAGUUUGGUCGCGCUCCUGCAGUCAGCAGGUGCUGCUGGGCUGUCUGCAGGUGCAACAGCAGGUGUGGCAUCUGUGGGCGGAGCUACUGGUGCUGUUUUGGGAGGGGCUCUGAAAUUGUUAAAAAACAUGAGAAAAUAAGAUGAAGAACAAAGUCAGCUGUUUUGAAAGGCAUUGCUUGUGUUAUGUCUGUGUGGCCCUGCAUUUAGAAUUUGUCUGCAAAAAAAACCUGGAAAUAAUGAAUUAUUUAUUUAUGCCGUACCACUUUUUUUCAUCCAAUGUUACAGAGUUAUUCUAAAACUGAAUUCUGGUGUAACCUGACAAGAAAGCAGAAUAACAUGCUGAAAUAUUUAGGCCUACUACGUUUUUGACCACAAUUUGGUAUUUUUUUCCCGGCUGCCACAUAUACCCUUUGGAGAACCCUUUCAGUUUCCUGUAAAUCACAGGUCACAAGGCGGUAUUAUCCCAUUUUGACAUCACAAGGGGAGCCAAAUUUCAAUGAACUAUUUUUUACAUGCUUCAAAAGAAUGUUUUACCAAAACUAAGUUACUUGGUUGAUCUUUUCACAUUUUCUAGGUUGAUAGAAGCACUGGGGACCCAAUUAUAGCACUUAAACAUGAAAAAAAAUCUGAUUUUCAUCAUAUGUCCCCUUUAAACGUUUUUGACAGAGUUUGUUGUCUCCCUCAAAUGUCUUUAGGAAGUUAGGGGCUUGGGUUUGUUAUGGCGUGAUUUCCUGAAACGGUUUUGUUUUGUGCUUGUACAGUAACUCAUUGUUAUCAGUUUUGUUUUGUGCUUGUUAUAAAUCAGUGUUCUUUCUGGCUAUAUUAAAAUGGAUUAUUUUUGUCUUGUAAUCCUGCAAUAUUAAACGUUUUUAACAGAG